GUUAGCACUCUACGUAUAUGAAUAUCUGAUCCAUAUAGGAGCUCAGAAAUCGGCCCAAACAUUUUUAUCAGAGAUAAGAUGGGGAAAAAAACACCAAUUUGGGGGAGCCUCCAGGAUUCUUACAUUCUUGGUGGUGUGUAUUUUGGGAUCUCUACCGUGCAGCUCCAGAGAGACGGGAGACAUGUGAACACUCAAAGCGAAGCAAAAGCCUUCCAUGAUUAUAGUGCUGCAUCAGCUCCCAGCCCCGUGCUAGGAAACACGCCCCCAGGAGAUGGCAUGCCAGUAGGUCCUGUGCCACCAGGGUUCUUUCAGCCUUUUAUGUCACCUUGGUACCCUGGAGGCCCAAGGCCCCCACUGAGGAUACCUAAUCAGGCACUUGGAGGUAUCCCAGGAAGUCAGCCAUUACUCCCCAGUGGAAUGGACCCAACACGACAACAAGGACAUCCAAAUAUGGGUGGACCAAUGCAGAGAAUGACUCCUCCAAGAGGGAUGGUGCCCUUAGGACCACAGAACUAUGGAGGUGCAAUGAGACCCCCACUGAAUGCUUUAGGUGGCCCCGGAAUGCCUGCAAUGAACAUGGGUCCAGGUGGUGGUAGACCUUGGCCAAAUGCCAAUUCAAUACCAUACUCUUCAGCAUCUCCUGGGAAUUAUGUAGGUCCUCCAGGAGGUGGGGGGCCACCAGGAACACCCAUCAUGCCUAGUCCAGCAAAUUCAACCAAUUCUGGAGACAACAUGUAUACUUUAAUGAAUACAGUACCUCCUGGACCUAACAGACUAGCUGUGUUCUGUGACCAGAACAUAGUUAUCUAUGACAUCAUUUCCCAAACCCACAUGACUGUGAGCCUUCGUUUAGCCAAACCCUGGGAGAAGACUAGCCAUGUUCUGUGA